AUGUCAGGCUGGCCGACCACUCAGCAUCCGCCAGGCGUUGUUUCUCAGCACGCUCCGCCGCCUUCAUACGCCUAUCCGCCAAACCCUGCCUUUAUUCCAGUCCAGGUGCGACAGGGCUUCAGUCCGUAUGCUGCACCGCCACCGCCAUACAACCCGUACGCAUCAAGUCCAGCUCAGAGCCAGGCCACUACUCCCUCAACCACGACAAAUGCAUCUCCAUCAGCACCUGUAGAACAACCCAAGGGAGCCAAGACCGAGUGGCCGGAAUCAGUCCGACGAUAUGUCCAGCGGUCUUUUCAUCCUGAAAACGACGACGCCUCCGUCUCUCGCGCGGAGCUCGAGGCUAAGCUGAAAGACACAAUCGGCAGUGCCAAAGAGAACAACUCGCUCUACACUAUUGAUUGGGAUAACAUGCCUCUGCCCCAAGCCUUGGUGAGAGCUGACCGUGAAGCACUGCUUAAGCUUCGCCAUACCUCGUUGACCACGCCGAUAUAUGCCGACGACUCUUUCAAUCCCAGAAAGCGCAAGUCGAAUGAUUUUCCCAACAAUGAUGCAUCCGUGCCGCCUUGGCACUCUACUAACUCAGGCCGAUCCCUCGAGGAUCGCAUUUCGUAUUCCCCCGACAAACGGGUAACCCUCGAUGACAGUAAGUUCCAGAAAGAAGCCAACAAGCGAAAGCGCCGUUUCGAAAACGAAUACAAGGCGGCCAACGUAGCGUCGCCCAGCCCAACUCCGCCAUCCUCCGGUCCCAUUGUCGGCACCUCUGAAACCCUUGAAAAGAAGUAUCUUCGCCUCACUGCCCCCCCUAUUCCGUCCAAUGUGCGACCCGAGAGAGUUCUCCGUCAAACGUUAGAUUUGUUGAAGAAGAAGUGGAGAAAGGAGAGCAACUAUUCGUACAUCUGCGACCAGUUUAAAUCUAUGCGUCAAGAUCUUACCGUGCAGCGCAUCAAGAACGAGUUUACUGUUUCCGUCUAUGAAAUUCAUGCCCGGAUUGCCUUGGAGAAGGGGGACAUCGGUGAGUAUAAUCAGUGCCAGACCCAGUUGCGAUCGUUGUAUGCAAUGGGCCUGAAGGGAAACCCCAUUGAGUUCAAGGCGUAUCGUAUUCUCUAUUUCAUUCACACGGCCAACCGCACCGGCCUGAACGAUACCCUGGCAGAUCUAACAGCAGCGGAGAAGGAAGAGAAGCCCAUCAAGCACGCGCUCGACGUGCGGUCGGCGCUGGCACUGGGCAACUACCACAAGUUUUUCCAGCUAUACCUUGACACACCUAACAUGGGUGCAUAUCUCAUGGAUAUGUUUGUCGCCAGGGAGCGCCUUGCAGCUCUGUGCAAUAUCUGUAAAGGAUACAAGCCUGACAUCAAGCUGCGCUUCAUCACUGAGGAACUCGGGUUCGAAUCAGAUGCUGAUGCUGCUCAGUUCAUUAUUGAUUACCAGGGGCAACAUCUUCUUGAAGACCGCACAGAGUACAUUGCGUUCCUGACUGGUAAAGCCAAUAACCUCUUUGAGAACUCUAGAGCGUCGGCUUUCCGGAAAGUGGACAUCAAGGGGCAGAUUUAA